AACCGUAAACAGCCGGAACCAUAAAGGGACCAUUGUGCAGAACCACAGUUGCAUGUGUUUUUUUUUGGCGUCUGCUAAGUGGACACGAAAAGCUUUCUACAACUUAUUUUGAUAUGUUUACAAGAGCCCCCCCUAACACACACAACCCUUCCAGUUUUAGUUAUUGACAGCUCAAACGCCGGAGAAGUGGUGUCCUCAUUUGACUAAAAAUAUCUUGGAAGCUGUCUCACUGACUUCCCCACGAGGAGCCCACUAUGAAGGCUGUUUGCUGCGCUCCAUCUCACUGAGGCUUUCCCUGCAAACAGGUGGAUUACUGACAUCUUCCGAAGGUACCUGAGGCCUAGGCAUGCCAGCCCCUCCUCCUCCUCCCCCGCCUCCCCCAGCGCCUCCUCCACCCCCACCCCCACCCAGUGCUGCCCUGCCACAGUGUCCGUCUGAGCCUCCUAAGCUCCAGUCUGGUGGAGGAGGCGGUGGAAGGAAUGCCCUGCUGGCCGACAUCCAGAAAGGAACCAGGCUCAGGAAAGUCACACAGGUCAACGACCGCAGUGCCCCUGUUGUCGAUAAGCCCAAGACCAGCAGUGGAGAUGUAUCCAGCGGUGUUGGUGCUUCUCAGGGUUCAUCAGGUGGGAUGGCACCCAUGGGACCCUCUUUGGGUGGGCUGUUUGCUGGAGGGUUUCCCACUCUCAGGCCUAUCGGACAAAGAGACUUAGUGGGCAAGACCCCAGUGUCUCGAUCGAGCUCAUCAGUGUCCCUGAAGCCACUGUGGAACACGCCCACGCCAGCCGACCCCGAGCCUCACAGGACGACGGAGCUCCGGAGCUCCAUCCACCGCUCUCUCCAUCCUUCAUCCUCUGCUCCUCCCUCCCCGUCUCACGGCAGCAAGCACCCACCUCCUUUCCCUGCUUCCUCUCCCCCUCCUGUCCCUCCAUCUGCUCCACCCCCGCCUCCCCCACCUCAAGCCUUUCAGGACCGUCCGGUCAACAAGCCUCCACCUAUUCCCACCUGUCCUCCUCCUCCGCCUCCAUCCCAGGUCACCAAGCCCACCUGGCUCCCCAUCCAGCACUCCCACCACACCUCCAUCUCCCAGCCAUCUACUCCUCCUCCUCCACCUCCUCCUCCACCUUUCCAGCCUCCCUCUGGUGUCCCUGGAGAUCGCUCCUCAGGGUGCUUCUACCCUCUGCCCCCCUCUCCAGUUCACUCCGAACCUUCUAGGUUCCCCAUCCUGCGGGACAGCCCUCUGGGACCUCCUCCCCCACCUCCUCCUCCACCUCUCCCGGCUUCUUUUAUCCCCACCUGCCCAUCCACCCUCCCUCCACCACCGCCCAAGAUGGCCCCAGUGCCUUCCCCAGCCAUGCGUUCUCUGCCGCCAUCAUACCCCUGCAAUGCUCCCACCCGCCGGCCACCAGCUGUGCCCAGAAGUGCAGGUCUGGGUCGACUGGCUCCUCCUCCAGCUCCACCGGCACGUUCCCCCACCACUGAGUUGUCCACCCGCAUUCCUCCCCCUCCACCACCUCCUCCCCUGCCUCCAUCCAGUCUCAGGAACGGACACCUGCUCAGCCUGGAUGAUUUUGAAUCCAAAUUCCAGUUCCACCCUGUAGAAGAUUUACCUCCUCCUGAUGAAUUCAAGCCUUUCCCUCGGAUCUACCCCAGCAAAGAAAACAGAGUGAACCCCAAACCACCUGGGAUCAGGACACACCUCAGAUGAGUCAAGGCCUCACACUGUUCUUCAACCCCAACACACAGCAAAAAAAAAGACUAUGUGUUCCUCCUCCUCUUCCUUCUCAUGACAAUAAUGUAAUUGCCAUGGACUUACUCUGAUGCAAGCCCUGUGUGUGUUUUGUUCGUGUUUAGUGUAUUAGUGUGCGUGUGUCUAUGUGGGUGUCAGAUGGGCUCCCGCCUUAUACUGAAUAUAUGACCUCUGACCUUUCCUAGUGUGGAAUGUUUUGAAUGUGUGUGAGGAGGAGGGCUCUCCCUACUCGUACUCAUAAACUACAUGCAGAUUCUAUACACACACACACACACACACACACACUCCAAGGACAAUGUCUUCCAGUAGCUAUAUUUAACAUGACACUUGGCACAGUUUGUAACACAGCUUUUAACAGCUUGUAAAACAUUUCAGUAACUGCAAAUAGUACAGAAUAUUUUGAUUUUAUAUCUUGAGCAGUAUCUCAACCUUAUCUUCAUCAUACAUUAUCUUUUGUAAUGAUGUAUACAGUGGCACUUUAAACUCUGAAUUUAACCCACAGACAUUAUAAAACACACAGUUUUAAGAUAAUACAGUUCUCUUAAAGACAAACAUAUAUGCAAACUGUGGACCAGCAACAACUUCUGCACAAGGAGAUGCUCCUUAACAUGCAUCCAUAAUGCCACAUUUUUAAACUGAUGCCGUAAUGCUCUUGCUGUUCAAUCUCUUUUCCUGUCUAAUUAAGCCUUGAUCUAAUUUCAGUAUACAACUUAAUGUGAAAACAGGAUUGCAAUUCACUUGCGCAGCAGGGUAUGCUAAUCCUGGGUGUUCGUAAAUUAUUGUACAUACAGUAUAGAGGUGCUCUCCGGUGUUUAUGUGAUUAUUUUUCCAAGUACCAAAAUAAUCUAUAAAAAUGU